AUCUGCCCCGCCGUACCCCUCCUUUAUCGCACAUCAGAGAGCCACCAGCGAAGAUGCUAGGGGGACUAGCAGCGGCAGACAUUGCUCAUCGAGCAGUCGUCACUUCACUAGCAGCACUCACGAUCUAUGGUGGAGUUGCGUUCGGAUUUGGCGUGAGGAACAUGCGUCUAGAGCGAGAAGCAGCGCUAGCCAAGCACGAGGCUGAAAUCUUUGCGCAAAGAACGGUCAAGGCGCCGGAGCAGGUACCUGCAGAGAUCGACUUGCACGAGAGAUAGCGUCAAGAGGCAGUGCACAUGACCAAGAGGCUAGGACAGAACAUGCAUGUUGUAUCCCAUACGUUGCUUGCUAUAUCGACAAGUUUACGCACGAC